AUGGGGGCGAAUAUUAAGGUGGUGGUGCGUGUGCGGCCGUUCAAUAGCAGAGAGAGAGACAGAGGCGCAAAAUGUAUUGUUCAGAUGAAAGACAGCCAAACGGUUUUAUUACCGCCGCCUGGCGCGGAAAAGACUGCGGGUAAAGGGUCUAAGGACCACGGCGGCCCCAAGACGUUUAAUUUCGACCGGAGUUACUGGAGUUUUUCAAAAGACGACCCCGAUUGUCCAUAUGCGGGCCAGGGGAAUCUUUUUGACGACCUCGGAAGACCAUUACUGGAUAAUGCAUUUGGGGGUUAUAAUAACUGUAUCUUUGCUUAUGGCCAGACAGGUUCCGGGAAAUCAUAUUCUAUGAUGGGAUACGGAGAGGAGUAUGGUGUUAUCCCAAAGAUUUGCCAGCAUAUGUUUGAGCGAAUUGAUGCUAUGCAAGCAGAUCCGAACUUAAAAUGCACCGUUGAAGUUUCGUACUUAGAAAUUUAUAACGAGCGUGUUCGUGAUUUAUUAAAUCCAUCCACUAAAGGGAAUCUGAAAGUCAGAGAGCAUCCAGCUUUAGGACCUUACGUUGAAGAUCUUGCAAAAUUGAUAGUUAACAAUUUCGCUGAAAUUGAAAACCUUAUGGACGAGGGCAACAAAGCACGAACAGUUGCGGCGACCAAUAUGAACGAAACAUCUUCGCGUUCCCACGCCGUCUUUACAAUUAUAUUAUCGCAAAAAAUUCACGAUACUGAGACUGGAUUCGAUUCUGAAAAAGUAUCGAGAAUAAGUCUGGUUGAUUUGGCAGGAUCUGAGAGGGCACAAUCUACCGGGGCUACCGGGGCUAGGUUAAAGGAGGGAGCAGAAAUUAACAGGUCUUUAUCAACUUUGGGCCGUGUCAUUGCGGCUUUGGCAGAUCUAUCAACUGGGAAGAAAAAGAAUGCAAAUAUGGUUCCAUAUAGAGACUCGAUUUUGACAUGGUUAUUGAAGGAUUCACUGGGAGGUAAUAGUAUGACGGCUAUGAUUGCAGCUAUCUCACCAGCUGAUAUAAACUUCGACGAGACAUUAUCGACACUAAGAUAUGCCGACUCAGCAAAGCGGAUCAAGAAUCAUGCCGUUGUCAAUGAGGAUCCGAACGCAAAAAUGAUUCGGGAGUUGAAGGAAGAGCUUCAGCAGUUGAGAUCAAAAUUAUCAGGCGGUGGAAGUUUACCAGAGGAGGAGAGGUAUGCCCCAGACACACCACUGGAAAAACAAAUGGUUACGAUCACGACCCCCGAUGGAGUGAUAAAGAAGGUUUCCAAGGCAGAAAUUGCAGAACAGUUGACUGCUUCUGAAAAACUUCUGGGAGAUCUCAAUCAAACAUGGGAACAAAGAAUGGAGAAGACACAGCUUGUCCACAAGGAGCGCGAGGCUGCGUUGGAGGAAUUGGGAAUUAGUAUAGAAAAGGGGUUCGUUGGCCUAUCAACACCAAAAAGGAUACCACAUCUUGUCAAUCUGAGUGAUGACCCUCUACUCGCUGAGUGCCUUGUAUAUAAUAUUAAGGCAGGGACGACCACUGUUGGAAACGUUGAAACCUCACAAACUGCGCAGAUCCGGCUCAACGGCUCUAAGAUACUCAUGGAUCACUGUCGUUUUGAGAAUGAGAAUGGAGUGGUUACAUUAAUACCGAACGAAGGGGCAGCAGUGAUGGUCAACGGUCUGCGAAUAGAUGCACCUCGAAGGCUACGAACAGGAUAUCGUAUUAUCUUAGGGGACUUUCAUAUAUUUCGAUUUAACCACCCGCAGGAAGCACGUGCAGAAAGAGAUAAACUACGACAGUCUGCUACCAUGAACGCUGGGGCACAAUCCCCCGACCAUCGACACUCAUCGAGCAAUGGGAUAACUGCUGAUAUGAUGGAAAGGAUUGAAUCAGAGACAAAUGGUAGUAGCCGACCAGACUCGCCGUCACACAUCCCUGCAAAUAGUAGGGAUAUCGACUGGUCGUUUGCACGAAGAGAGGCUGCCUCUGCAUUACUAGGAGACAAUUCGAGGAUAACCAAUCUAACGGAUGAUGAGUUGGAUGUAUUAUUGGAGGAAAUGCAGAGGGUAAAGAUGAUUCGGAAGGGGCGACCGGAUAGUCGGCUGGAUUCAAUCGAUGAUGAGACGGAGUCAGUAAUGUCUUACCCUGGCAGUCGAGAGAAAUACACUUCGAUGGGUACCUUAGACGAUCUUUCACUCGACACGAUGAUCACGAUACCUGGAACUCCAGGGGAAGCUGAAGAUAGGCUCAGAAUGGUGAAAGAGGAAAUGCAAGAACAACUGGAAAGGCAAAAAGAGGAGUAUCAAGAGAAGUUGAAGGCUGCAGAAGAAGCUAAUGUUGAAUUCGAGGAGAUCAAAGCAGAAAGAACAAAGAUGCAGGAAAAGCUGGAUUCGGCCAAACAAGAGAUGCGACAAGAGUUAGAAAAGCAGCGACAGGAGUUUGAAAGCAGACUCGAGGAGAUUAGUCUUUCUCCCCCGAAAAACAAAGAUCCAGAGGAUUUAACGGGCCAAGAGAAGAGUCUCGCGAAGCAAACCGUCGAUCAUUGGCGACAACGGAGAUAUGUUCGUAUGGCCGAGGCAAUUUUGCAGCAUGCUGCUACUCUGAAGGAGGCACAGAUUAUGAGCAAUGAAAUGGAAAAGAAUGUUGUGUUCCAAUUUACAAUCGUGGACGAAGGACACACAUUCCAGUCAAGCUAUGAUCUAGUACUUAAUGGGAUAUCAGCAGAAGACGAUGAGUUUCUAGACAUGGCGCGUAAGCCCUGUGUUGGGGUGAGGGUGAUGGAUUUUCAAAACGCAGUAGUACAUCUUUGGUCCCUGGAAAAACUUCAAACCCGUGUGCGUCAAAUGAGACAGAUUUAUCAGUACAUAGAUCGACCAGAAUAUUUACAGCACUUCCGACUCGACGAUCCUUUUUCAGAACCUAUCCUUCCACAAUAUUCGUUGAUAGGGGAUGUCGAUGUACCACUCACUGCAAUUUUCGAGUCGCGGUCUCAAGAAUUUGUCCUGGACGUUACUUCGCCCCACACUGCCAGCGUGGUUGGCAUGAUUAAGCUCGCUUUGGAACCAUCCUCUGCAGAAGCCCCCUCAUCUACUCUGAAAUUCAAUGUCGUUAUGCGAGAAAUGGUCGGGUUUGCUGAACGGGAGGGAACAUCAGUUCACGCCCAGAUGUUUAUCCCUGGAGUCUCUGAUGAGAGCGGUGCUACUGCGACCACUGUUGUAUCCGACUUUGAUGAAGGCCCGGUCAAAUUUCAUAGCACCCAUAGUAUGAGUAUUCCAUUAGGAACUCCGCUAAGGAAUGCAACGUUACGGGUAGCUAUCUUCGCAAAAAUAAUGCAGAUGCACCUCGAAAAGCUCAUCAGCUGGGAUGAUAUGCGGGACAACAAGCCAAUUUCGCCAAAGAAGAAGAGGGGUGCACGCCUAAACGAAACCGAGUUCUAUACAGAAGAACGGCAUGAUGUGUUUUCAACGGUACAAAUACUGGAGCUCUCUGAAACGGGGGAGUAUCUGCCAGUAGAGGUGUCACAGCAGUCUGAUAUUGAUCCUGGAUCAUUCCAGCUCCGACAGGGUUUGCAGCGUAGGGUGCAACUUAGCCUCACGCACAGUUCAAGAGACACAUUGCAGUGGCGUGACAUCACACAUAUUCGGAUGGGCCAAGUUCGUUUAUUGGAUCCCAGGGGCAAAAUUCCUGAUCUUUCUUCAACCACUCGAGAAAUAAGGCUUAAUCCUGUCUUGGGCCCUGUAGUAAAAACCAACGCGGACGGGACAAGUACAGUCACGGUUGUCGCACAAUGGGACUCCAGUCUACACAAUUCGAUACUAUUAGACCGGACUACUGCUGAUAAGUACCGCGUUCAGAUGAGUCUGCGGUGGAACAUUACGUCGGAUAGGCUGUCGGAACCAAUCGCGUUUUCACAAGAUAUCUACUCGCAAGUACAGCCUAGGGUCGUCAAAACCCCAAGCAAAUUCUUGCAGAUGUGGAAUAACAGCAGGAUCAUACAUGUGAGUGUGGGUUUAUUUCAACUUGUUAUCCGACCUGCUGUAGCAAGGAGGGCGGGGGACCUAUGGAGAAUGAACACACUACAUAGAUAUGUUAAGGGCGAGGAAAAUCUUGGCCCAUGGAUGCCUCGAGGUGUGAGUCUUGUCAGGGACUUUUUAAGGGCACGAAAGAGAAGGAUAAGGGUCGCAGAAGUGGAGAAUGCGAAAGGGUUCUUGGGGUCGCUACCUGUUACUAGGAACGGGUCUCCAUUAACUUUAAAUCCCGUAUCGGUAUCGAUGGAAGAGGUCAUGCAGCCUGAAAAUGGUGGGCUGGGACUUGGUGUGACUGGUGUAAACGGUCUGCCGGAGAGCAUCCUCGUGGAUGAGGGUAUAACAAGUUUGGAUUUGGAGAGGUCCGCAUCUAAAGAAAACGGUAAACUUAAAGGGGAGGCGCAGGAACCCCCCGCUACCGAAAUCGAAACAGCCGAGACAGUUAAAACCUUUGAGCCAGUCGAGCAGAUCGAAACAGCCGAGAUAAUGACACGGGAGACGUCAACGGUCUCAAGCAUCAUGCCAAUCCUAGUGGAAGACCCGCAGAUCACUGUGCUACGAAAGUUCGUAAAGCUUUGGACCUCCGGGAAGGACCCAAGUGAAAGGAUCCUCGUGAGAAGAAAUACCGAGCCCCCGCAGAAUGGUGCCUGCUUUGCGGAAGCAACUGAGGCAGAGCCACCUAGGUUGAUUGCUGAAGUUCGGCAGAUUCCUAGAAGUACACCAAUGCUUAAGUCCGGGUAUCUGUGGACGCUGGACGAAACGAAUAAGGCUUGGGUGAAGAGAUAUUUCGAGCUGCGACGACCAUACAUGCACAUGUUUAGGGUAUCUGAUGGCCAGGAGAUCAUGGCGGUCAACCUCAGCCACUGCCGAAUUGACCAUCAGCCACAAGUAGCAAAAUUACUGCGGAGGCCGCAUGUAUUUGCUGUUUACGCACCGCUCAACACCUAUCUUUUUGCGGCAAAAGAUGAAAGAGAUAUGAUCGAGUGGAUCAUGAAGAUAGAUCAGUCGCAUUUCCUUGGUUCGAGUCGAAGCAACACCCCUGAGGAGUAG